GAGUAGUUUUACCGUCUCUUUGUUGACCCCCAUCCUAACAUUCCAACCACAAGGAAAGAUUCAGACAACUCGCAAGAUGCAGAGAUCCACAAGUGCUUCCAGAGUUUCCUCGGAGGAGGACUUGCUUCUGACGUACUCCUCCUCACCCGAAUCUUCAACCUUCAAACCAACCACAGACGAGGGCUCAGAUGGCGACCAGCACGAGCAUCUGCAUCUCCCCACAUACGAUCCCCUCUCUCAUGUGGCAAAGAGAGAGCGACGCCGCAUCAGGUCCGCAGAGAACGCCAUCCACUUGAUACCUGUCCUGCUCGUCCUCUGCGCCUUCAUCCUCUGGUUCUUUUCCAACCCAGAAUGAAAGUUAUCAUGAUUGAUGGGAGAUACCGAUCUUGGGGAGCGGCAGCUUUCCAUCAAACAUAGAGUUGGAGUUCAAUCUGAAGAAACGAUUUAUGGAUGGCGAUUGGGGUCCGCCCUUUUACCCGAGGAGCUCUUAGAAAUUUAUAUGAAUGUAAGAUAACAUAGACAUCGUUCGCUUUAACAUAGACCUCGUUCAUAAACAAUAUAGUGUCUUGUACAAUUAGUAUUUUAAGAUCAUUUCAAAGCAUAUUUCUCA